GAAAUCAAGGUGUGCAGCAUUACGAUACGAAAAAGAAGGGUGGGGCAAGGAAAACCAUACGACACAUACGAUACAUUUGCCUGUUCGAUUGUUAUGAAUGUGUUAAUUUGACCUCAACUUUAUGUGUUUAUAUAGCAUUAUGAAUCUUGCUACUAUGAGUUAGUUCUACUUUUAUACAACAACAUUUAUUCAAUAAUUUUAUAGUAUUAGAAAUAAUUGAGAUGUCAAUAGUGAUUGAUCCAUCUUGCACUCAUAAGUAUGUAUUUCAGCAGUUAAACACAUACAUACUUGACUGAUAAUGAGUUGCACAGAAUUAUUUCUUAUAAUAUUAUUGUAGAUACUGAAUGGAUGCAUAUGUAUUGCUAAAAAAAUUGUAUAUUAAAGUGUGGUUAGUAUCAUUAUUAAGAAAUUGUAAAAAAUUCAAAAUUCAAUACAAUGUAUUGUCAAAGGAUAAUUACAAACACAUUCAGAUAUGCUCAAGUACGCAUAAAAUCUAAUUAUACUGCUGCAAAUAUUUGUCUGUUAAAUUUAAGGAAAGGUAUAUUUACAACAUAUUUGCCACAAAUUAAUAAAACAAAACAUUAUAAAAACUAUAAUCAAAAAAAUUCAUCACAAAUUAAUUAUUUUAUUAUCUCAAGCAGUAUUUUAUUUAACUUAUUUGGUUCUAAGGAAGAAAAAGAUGAGGUUGAAGAAUUAAAAAUGACAAUCAAACGAUCAAUUUUAUUAAUUCAGAAAAAGGAAUUUGAAAAAGCAGAGCAAAUGCUACAUGUUGCUUUAAGGCAAGCACAAACUUUACAACAUUAUGAUGGUAUAACUUAUGUAUAUGAUAUAAUGGCAAAUUUAGCAUACGAUACAAAUCAUUUUAAAAAAGCAGAAAACUUAUUUGUGUCAGUUUUACAAAGAUUAAUAUCUAAGGGAGUUCCAGAAGAUGAUUUAGCAGUCAUACAUAUUAGUCUUAAAAUUGCUGACAUAAGCAGCAAAACAGGAGAUUUAGAAAAAGCAGAAAAAGGCUUCAAAUUUUGUUUGAAUAAUUUAAAAAAUCACUUAGCUAAAGAUAGUGAGAAUCAAGAUGUGUUACAAUUAUUAGGUGUAAAUUUAGAAUGGUAUGCAUCUAUGCUUUUCUCACACUCACAUUAUGUUGAAGCUCUUAAGUAUUUUAAUCAAGCUUACCAAAUAUGCAUAAAAAUAAAUGGUGAAGAACACGAAGAGACUGUUAUUUUGCUGUGUAAUUUAGGAAGUGUCAAUUACAUGUUACAAAAAUAUGACCAAGCUAUUGAAUAUUUAUCUAAAGCAUUAGAACUAGGAAAAAAAUUUCCAGACAUGGAUGAUUUAAGUUCUGUUCAUAUCAAUUUGGGAAAUGCAUUGUUUGCUAAAGGAUUACAUGAAGAAGCAAAAAAGAAUUGUAAUGAAGGAAAGAAAUUAGCAAAAGCUAAGAAAGAUAAUGAAUCUGUGGCAGAAGCAGAAAAAUGUCUUGAAAGAAUACAAAGUGUGAUGUCUUAGAAUCAAUUUAGGUACACCAGCUAGUAGCUAAAUUAGCUAGUAUCGUUUAGAUACUAUAAAUUUGAUAUGUAAAUAUAUGUCCUGAUUUGAAUAAAAAUAACAGCUAUUUUAUAAUAA